AUGUAUACUGAAUUGGCGCUUGCAUCGGCGGGAAUCUUUGCCGUUACAUCCUACAAGUACCUCCCCUUUGUGUACACUGCUCGUUUUUACGCAAUCCCUAUCAAAUACUUGAGAUUCAGAAGAUCUCCUCGACACCUCAAGGCUUUCCAUGAUACUGUUAAACAGUCCAAGUUAUCUCUUUUCAAUUCUAUAGCUCGUCAUACCUACUGCUGUCCUAUGGAAUGUGAUUUUUUUGGGUUCCAUAAAAACAAUAGCACUUACCAAAUUGAGCUAGAUCUCAACAGGACAGAGGCUCUUCUGAGCAAGUUGUAUCCAUACCUGCUCGACUUCCAUAACAGGAAGGGGAAAUAUCCUUUCAUCCCAUUGGCUACAGUUGGAAUCUAUUUUAUGAAGGAGAUCCUCCCCUUUCAACGUUAUCGUGUGGAGAAUCGGAUUCUUUCGUGGGAUGAAAAAUGGAUCUUUGUUUUGAGCGAGUUCAAGGUCGGCGACAGGGUCGUUGCCGUUUCAGUAGGAAAGUUGGUUUUCAAAGACGGUAGGAAGACCAUCAACCCUGCUGAUAUCAUUGAAUAUUGCGGCUAUAGAUGUGAUGAAGUAGAGAAUGUUCGCCUGAACAACUUGCAAUACGUCAAGCGUUUUGUGGAUCCACAGGAUUUCCUGAACUUGACCUUUAAGCCAGAAUAG